UCUGAAUAAUAAUUUAAUAUGUUCAAAAUUAUCCACAUUAAAUAUUUUCGGUUACUGUGGGUAUUGUGUUGAUGUCAAUUGCAACCGCACAUUACCGCACAUAGCCGCGCGAGAAUUUAAUCAAGAUGGAUGCGGGCCUGACAAGACGAACGAAAGCGACGAUGUUUGUGGCUCCAAAAGAUCAUUCUACACCCAAGCAUCAUUCAGCUCAAAAUGAGAGGAAAAAUCUUCAAACACUCCAGUCUGCAGCUCAAGGGGGAAAACGACUGAAUGGGGGAAAACACGAGAAUUUACUGGUAUCGAAGGAAAAUUUGGUCCAGCCUGAGUACAGUGGGUCCCAUUCUCCAGUCCAAAUAUACCAAGACACUUCUGUGCCCCCCGAGUGCCCGGUUAUAACCUGUUGCCGCAAUACUCAGACGGAUGAUUCACUUCUCGACUGCUUACUCCAAGAACGCUGGCAGUCGCUGGACUCUGUGCAGGGUGACAGUGGCAGGGGUUCGACUCUGGGCGAACAGGAAACACUUGGUCUACUAGUUGAUGAUACUCCAUCUGGGACCUAUUGGAAAGAGCUGGCAGAGGAACGGAGAAUAGCCUUGAAGGAGACUUUGAAAGAAAAUGAAAAACUCUGCACAGAGAUUGACAAUUUGAAAGAGGAAAAUUCUCGACUGGCAGACAUAGCGAAAAAAGCGGAGGCCCUGCAAGAGCUUUUAAGUGACAUUGUGGAAGAUGAAGAGCAUACAGGUGGUUCGUGUCAGGAACCAGAGGGAGACUCCCAGUUUGUGGACAGCUUGAAAGAUGAAGAUGCCGAGAAACUUUAUGCAGACCUUGAUCAAGCUGCGAGUACAUCUAAAGAUCCACAAUCAGACAGCAAGACUCAGGAUCCUGGAAUUUAUAGUAGUGCUGGAACAGCCCAAGAGUCUGGCUCCUCAACGAAUUCACAAGUUUCAGAAGCACAGUUUAAAUCAGAAAAGACAGCAUAAUAUGCUGCUAACUGUAAUGAUGUUUUUUUUUUUCCCCCUUCUAUGUUUAAAAAAAUAAAAAGAAUUCUGUUUUUAGGAUCGGGAUAAUAUGUCCCCAUGUGUAUAGUUGAAAGCCUGUUCCGGUGCUAGUCUAGAGUCCCUUCACUUUUGCGUUGUAUCACUGUAUUGCAUCUCAUAUUUCUGAUUUUGCAGUCCUGUUUAUGUAAUUUUUUUGUACUCCAGUAUAUUUUUGGCUGCUUUUAGAAGCAUUGUAACUGGAGGUAUGUAGCUGUUUUACCAAUCACGAACAAGUUUUAUUCUUCAUUGUUCUUAUGACACAAAUGCUUGUGAAAAAUAGCUUCUGUAAUGUACUUCACAGAAAGCAACCCCCCCACUUUUCCUGGUGCUUGGUUAAUUGAGAGUGCGUUUUGUUGCAGCUGACUAGACAAGGACAGCGACCUGCCUUUUUCUAGACUUGCAAUAUUGGCACAGCGUUAAAUUAUUAUUCUAUUUUAAUAAACUUAGCCCUUCUCUUGCAAU